UUGUGUCUUGUUUUCAUGUUUUUAGUAUAAAAUUAAAUUCUUGUGUUUUGAUUAGUAGUUAAUUAAUUUAAUUAAGUUUGGUCAUUAUGGCUAAGAACGUAAAUAAGAAGGUUAAUAAGAAGGUUAAUAAUAAACGUGGUUUCGAGCUCGUUGUUGGUCUUAAAAGAGGUCAUCGAGUUACCCCAGUUAAAGCUAAAACCGCAAAGACAGCUCAAGUACCUGGUAAAAUCGCUAAGCAAAACAAAUUUGUUAGAGAAAUUGUCAGAGAAAUUAGUGGACACGCACCUUAUGAAAAACGAUGUCUUGAAUUGUUAAGGAUUUCCAAGGAUAAGCGAGCCCUUAAAUUUUUGAAGAGACGUUUGGGAACCCAUGCCCGAGCCAAGAAAAAGCGAGAUGAAUUAUCUAACGUUCUUAUUCAACAAAGGAAAGCCACUGCUGCUGCCCACAAAUAGGAAAGUUGUUCGACUUAUUUUGUACACCAAGGAUAAUGAAAACAACUCAAAUCUUGUUUAUUUAAGACCACGUGAAAAAGUCUAACAUAACAAAAAAAACCAAAAUUAAACAAAUUCAAUUGUUUAAGACAAA